AGGAGGACCGUUUACGUGGUCGUAGGUCGUAGCAUGGACUCGCGUUCGCCGUCGCGACCGAUACGGCGCCACACACGCGCGGUCGCACCGCACCCAACCCCCGAUUGGACCGGAGGGAGGAGAGAGCAAGUGCACGACUGCAAGAGAUUCCCGUACACCACCCGUCAGAUUCCCCCGUCUCCUCGGCUAAAGAGUUCGCACCCACCAAACCAAACACCACACGACGCGCUCCUCCCUCUCGCUGCUGCUGCUGCGGAGAACGAAGGAGAGAGGAGGACGAGCUGCGCGGGCGCCAUCCAGCAGCGGCUGCGAACAGCAACGUCGUAGCCGACGGGAGCCCGCCACCUACCCGCACCAACCCGUCCCCGAGGUUGGCUUUUGGUCGAGCAGUUGGUGGGCACCUAACCCGGCGAACUCCGGCUGAAGUAAGUGCGAGUGAGUAGUAGUAGUUGGGGGUGAGGAGGAUGAAGAAGUUGUACCAGGGGAAGGGACGGAGGGUGCACCCGGCGCCGGCGCAGCAGGCGCAGGCGGAUGCUGCUGCGGCGGCAGCGGUUGUGCUGCCGGCCGCUGUGCUGGCCCUGGCGUCGGCGCUCACGGCGGAGGAGCAGGAGGUGCUCGCCUACCUGCUGUCUGGAGGUGGGGCGGCCGGGGGACGCCGCCGCCGCCGCGGGGCUCACCCGCCGGAGAUGGGGUGCGGGUGCUUCGGCUGCUACAAGAGCUUCUGGGCGCGUUGGGACGCGUCCCCCAACCGCCACGUCAUCCACCGCAUCAUCGACGCCGUGGAGGAGGGCAGCGGCGGCGGCGGCGGCGGCGGAGCUGGCCCGCCGCGCCGCCCUCCCCGCCGCCGCCGCGGCGGCAAACGCGGAGGCGGCGACUGCGAGGAGGAUGCAAGUGCCACCAAGGAGGCGGAUGCCAGCGUGGAACACCACCACCACGCCUGUGGCUUCGAUGGCGAGGAGGACGGCGACUACGAGGGCGAUGGCGACGACGAGGAGGAGGAGGAAGAGGGCGACAGCAUGGACGGCGAUGCGGACGACGAGACGACGUUGAGCGAGGGCGAUUGCAGCAGCAGCAGCAGCAGCAACGCCGAGAAGAGCACGGUGGGGAGGCUGGUGCGCUUCAUCGGGGAGAAGGUGUGGGGAGCUUGGAACUGAGCUCCUCCUCCUCCUGCAGCUGCUGCUCCCCAUGUUCUUGUAGAUUAGGAGAAGGAAGAAGACGACCAAGAAGGUCAGGUCAAGGUCAGUAUCAGUAGUUGUUUUGAUCAAGAGCACCUCAGCUCUAUGCUCCUUUUGCUGUUCUUUCUUUUGAUUUCUUGCACUCUGAUGAGCACUGAGGUUUGGAGGGAAAAUCAAGAUGGUGUAGUGUAAUCCAAUCCAAAUUACAGUUCUUCCCUUCAAUCAACCUCACUGUACCAUAUUUUUGCUCCUUUGGUUCAACAAUGAACUUCUUUUGCAAGAGAACAAUAUCAUUUCCAUUUCUUCUCCUUGUAAUUUAGGAGUAGCUGUUUUUGCAUUGACUUCAUGGUACUAGCAUAGCAUCUGGUUCUGAUGGCUGCAUCAUGUGUAUGGAUGGAACUGUUGAGUGAUUCCUACUGCAAUGGAGAGGAAUGUUUUUAGUUAAUUAAACUUUUGUAAA